AAAUGUAGUUAGUCUUCUUUCUGGAACUGGAAUGUGUUCAAUUUUCCCAAUUCCCAAACAGUUGCGAUUCGUCAGCUCUGUCAUUGGAAAAGACAAGACAAUCAUAGCGCCCCAAUUAACUCAUCCAGCAAAGAAAGAGCAGCUAUGAGCGAUAACGAAGAGACACGCUCAAACCGGCCGAAGCAAGCCGAGGAACAUCGCGAGAUGUCCUCGACUGUACCGAGCACAACAAGCAAUGAUUCUAAUGACCAUGGUGCUACAGAAAACUCAGGAAGGGUCGAAUCGUCAGCCAACAGUUCCUCUAAAGAAGAAGUUAAAGACUCAAAAGUUGCCACCGCAAGUAGUACUGUCGUUGGGAGCACUGUUGAAGCAUCGACAUCGUCAGCAACGGGAUCCAAGGUAAACGAUGAGACAACAACGCCAAAAAGGGUAUCCAUUUGCCUGCCAGAGGAGAAAAGGAUAUUCGACAAGAAUACCUUCUCUAUAACUGCCCCAUCGCUCACUGUCCCGACAACAUCAACAUCUUUGUCUGCCGUGAGCAAAAGUGCGGGCAAACCUACAAUAGAGGCACUUUCCUUGUCUACAUAUGCUGAUGCGCUCAUGAGCGGAACCAAUGAGUACACAAGCGUUACGCCUACAUUCGGCCCAUUAACAACUACUUCGUCUGAAUCUGGGAUCCGCCAGCAGUUCAGUUUACCUAGUCCGACCAGUCGAGGAUCAGACCGGGACGCGGAUAAUGAAGAAGACCAAGUUAUUGAAUGGAGUCCCUCGAAUAGGUUCAUUAAAAUGGCUCAAGAGGUCGGGCGGGGUAGUUUUAAAACAGUCUACAAAGGUCUUGAUAGAGAUACAGGAGUUGACGUAGCGUGGUGUGAGUUGCAUGUCCAUAAAUUGACUCGAGUUGAGCGCCAGAAGUUCAAAGAAGAAGUCGAGAUGUUGAAGACUCUCCAACAUCCGAACAUAGUCAGAUUCUAUGAUUCGUGGAGCGUCGACGUCAAUGGUCGGAAGUGUAUUGUAAUGGUAACAGAAUUGAUGACUUCAGGAACCCUGAAAGCGUAUCUGAAACGAUUCGUAGGCGUUCAAAUCAAAAAUAAAGUUUUAACUAAUUGGUGCAGGCAAAUUUUGAAAGGUUUGCAUUACAUGCACACAAGGGAAAUGCCGGUGAUACAUAGAGACCUGAAAUGUGAUAAUAUCUUCAUCACAGGAACCACUGGACUUGUAAAAAUUGGGGAUCUCGGGCUGGCGACCUUGAAAAACAAGUCGUUUGCAAAAAGUGUGAUUGGAACUCCCGAAUUUAUGGCUCCAGAAAUGUAUGAAGAACGUUAUGACGAAAGCGUCGAUAUCUACGCUUUCGGAAUGUGUUUGUUAGAAAUGGUUACCGGAGAAUACCCGUUUAGUGAGUGUCAAAAUCCGGCUCAGAUUUACAAGAGAGUAACAAACGGUAUCAAGCCGCAAUGUCUAGAACGAGUUUCAGAUCCAGUCAUUCUGGAGAUAAUCGAAGGCUGCACGCUGUCUGAACGCAAUUUGAGAUACACUGCCAAAGAUCUUCUCUUACAUGAAUUUUUCGAAGACGCGACUGUUAAAGUUGAGGUAAUUCAACAGUCUGAAAAAGACAGAGGCGAAAUUCAGGAUGGGGGCAAUAUUAUUCAAUUGAGACUGAAAACGGAAGAUCUGAAAAAGAAGAGGGGAGGUCACCAAAUCGGCCAUAGUCACAAUGAGGCUAUUCAUAUAGACUUUGAUCUGAGCAAAGACAUGCCUGCACAAGUGACAAAUGAAAUGGUACACUCGGGAUUAUUGGAUGAAAUGGACCAGAAAAAAGUAACUAGGGCAAUUGACGAGGCUGUUAAUAUAAUGAAAAAGGAACAAAAUGCUACUGCUAAUGCGGGGGGAAACAGUGGUUCUUUUUCUAUUCAGCCAACCACUUCCUCUAAUAAUUUUGCCACAAACAAUGCGAAUACAGAGCCAAAUAGUAGCAUAAAUACAUCAGCGGGAGGCUCAUUAAUAAUGGAUAGUAGCAGUGGCUCAGCUAGAAAUCCUCGCCAUCAUCAUCAACCAUCUUUUCACUCCAAAACGCCCCCGCAAAUCUAUUCUGUACACAGCUCAACGUCCAAAGAUCAGAGCAGUAUUGCGUUUAAUGCGAGAUUGAGUGACCAAGGAUUGCCUCCUAGGGGACCUCUGAAUUUCUCAGAAUCAUCUUUAACGGACGAUCCGAAUUCAAAUGUGGUGACAGUCUUGUCAAAUGCUAAUGGGACUGUUGUUAGCACUUCACUGGCAGCAAGUACAGUGGGAGUUAUUGUUCCCGAAAAGAAAAAGAGUAAAGCGAAGAAAGACAGAAUAAAAGCGAUCAAACUUCAGAUAAUCAGGUCCAAUUCACAUGAAGGCGCAAUGGGCAGUGGGAGUAUGAACUUGACAUCUACAGAUGCGGCAAUGAUAGAAUGUGCAUUCGAGGCGUACAAUCAGAAAAACGUGCAAUUUAAAUUUAGCCUGGAUGAGGACACACCCGUGGAGAUAUUCGAGUCAUUGCUAGCUGCCGACCAUCUUAUUCUGUCACAAAAAGACGAGUUUUUUGUACAGCUAGAAAUGUUAAUCAAACGAGAAAGGCCAUCGUAUUCAGUUGAAGAUCCCGAAAAAAUUCCAAGUCCAGCGAAGCCGAGUGAAAUCACAGAAGAGUCUCAAACUCCAGUAAGAACGGGACGCUUUCAAGUGAGCAAAGUUCAAGUUCCUUCUACUUCAAUUUCUGCUGAAGAAAACGAGGAAAGUAAUGAGAGCUUAAAUGAAGUCAAUUUACCUUCCCACAGUGUGCAAACACCAGGCAUAAGAGCAAGCACUUCAGUUUCUACGCUCGAGUCACAGAACGCAGUAAGGCCUAAAUCUAAUUUAGCAGACAAUUCAAGCCAGCUACAGAACAACGAACAAAUUCUAACGUUCUCAAAUCCGGUUACAAUGACAAGACUCAAUUCGACAAUGAUGCCCAAUAACGGAGUUUCCUCGGGACAAUCACAUGCGUCAGAAGAGGAGAGGGAAAGGACGUCCGCUUUUGACGAGCAUAUCCCUGCGAUAAGUAGCAGUAACAACCCUAGCGUCAGCCAUUCAGCGCACGGUAAUCACACGGGUCUACAUUCGAUUCAAAAUCAUGCAGGGCCGAGUCAUCAACAUCAUAAUAUGAAUUAUAAUUAUAGUCACAUGCAAGACUUGCCGGGUACCUCGCAGCCACACCACGGAUCCUCAAGUUCUCACAAGACCCCGGGAACAACGUCAAGACCAGGACAUGGCCACCAACAUACAGACAUUUCGAUGCUGCAUCAGAAAUUGAUGGGCUUGCACUACUUGCAAAAAGCGCAGAGGCCUCACAACUCAGUGACGCACGCCAGCUCCAGCUCAGUUGUGCCCCCAAUGUUACAUGAUUCCACUUUUUUAAGUGGAAGCAGCAGUUUGGGGAAUGUCGGACACUUCUUUGGAUCGUCGCACGGAGCCGCUCCUUUGAACAGUCAGUCAAAUUUGUCCUCAAGUGGCACAAGCGGAAGUCAAGGUAAUUCGAGUUCCCAGCAACAAUUCAUUCCUCAUGCACCUCCAAUGCAACAAAACAGCGGCGAAGUGUUACAAAAUCAGCAAUCGAGCAAUCUGCAUUGUAAUAUGAGAGCACACCGAGUGCAAAACAUUUUAAUGUCUUGUCAAAUAGAGAUCCAAAGUCUACAAAUGCAGAUGUAUCAAGUUACAUUAGUCAUGGCGCAAAGUGGAAAUUCUAACAUGGCACUUGGUAAUUUGGAGCUUCUUCAGCAAAUCAUGAAUCAGCUGCAAUUUGUGUACAACAGCGUGUAUCGCAAAAUGAACCAAUUGUUGGAAGAGGUGGCAUCGCAUUCAGUCGGCAAUGUUUCGGGAGCUCCGGUUGUAAAUUCGAAUGUUGCGGGAGCGACAUCUUCGAGUGUACAGCAACGGAGUGACGAAGAAGCGUUAUCGGAACAUAGCGUGGAACCUUUCAGAAGCAUGGCUCAAUUAUCUCAAAAUGUCAGCACUCAUACGGUGAACACCUUUACUAGUAGCAACCAGAGUAACAUAUCUUCGGCUAGUAUUCAACAGUCCAACUUGUCAGCCAAUCAGAUGCGCUAUCAGUCUCUGGAGUCAUUAACCAAUCACAGCUCAGCUCAUAGCACUACACAUCGAUCAUCUGGAAAUACUUCUCAUGGCUCAGUUGGAAACCAGUUUUCAAGUCAGAUGAGUCAAAUUUACGGUACUCCAAGUACUCAAACCGAGAGACAUUUGGCUGGAACAAGUCAAGAAGGUUCCACUACGAAUAGUAAUCCGUCAACCAUAACAAGCACAGAGUCGCAAGCGAUUCCUCCAGUGACUUUGCAAGCACCGAUAGGCCAGAGCUGUUUAGUGAUUCCGGAAGGCUCUUCGCCCGUAUCAGUUGGUGCGUCAGCGACUAACAACAUUACUCCUACAAAAGUGGGCAGAUUUUUUGUGUCUAAAGUUGCGGAUAAAAAGGAAUCAUCAGAUGUUCAGGUUGAAACUCCAAGUUCAGAGUCUACGAUUGUAGUGAGCUCGGAAGGUUCGCAAAUCGUGGCAAUCGAUCCUUUGCCCUCUAUUAGUCUACAAGUAGUGACUGGUGACGCGGGGUCGUCACCGACAUCGGUGACCUCAAAAGUUGGCCGAUUCAAGGUCACAUGUGUCAGCCCAAUUAUAGUUGACGAGGAGUCCAUAAUGACGAAUGCCGGCGGUGUCAAUGGACACUCGUCUUAUAAGUCGUCGUUUCCUGUUUUAAACUCACACGAUAUUCAUUCUCCAUCGUCCUUAACCCGAGUGGCGACAUCAAUGGGCUCGGUUACUCCGACAGUAAUUUACGAACCUCUGGAUGCGAAUGUGUUUCAUGGUUUAGACGAUUCGAGCAACGCCGGAAGUUCGGAAUUUACACCUCCUGUCAGUCCUAGAUCAUCAGCAAAUGUUAUAAGCCAGCAUAUGACUACUGCGACUUUGGGUGCCAACGGAAGGCCUAGAAGCUUGUCCAGAUCGCCUUCUAGAAGGUUCCUUGGCGGCAAGCAUUCAAAUCUCCUUUCUACCGUCGAUCAAAUGCAAACAGUUGUCGGCAGUCCGAAUUUGCAAGCAUAUGCAAACGACAAAGACCAGCACAAUUACUUUUCAAUGCUCGACCGACAGCGUCAAGAGGUUGUGGAAUAUUCUAGAACAUUUAAUAAAGCAAAAGAACAACUAAUGGGACGCCAUAAUUUGGAGCUGCAGCAAUACUGGGCGAAAAGAAGUCAAGUGGGCUUGGAUCCUCUAGAAAAUGGAAAUAUUUCAAAUCAUGAACCUGGUGCUCCUUUUGCAGGAAUAAGCGAACCGAAUCAUGCGUGGACAGAUGAUUUAACCCAUCAUGGUGCUAAUUACAGUAACCUUGGAAACUUGACAAUUUUGAGUUCCAGUCCAGAUUACGGACUUUUACCUGAAAUACCGACAUCAACAUCGGUCACCCAGCAACUUCUAUCGCCUAGAAUGGGUCGACCGAGUGACAAGAAAGAAACGGGAAACGAUUUUGUGAAGGGGGGAUUCGGGUAUAAUACCGUACUGCAAAAUCACCCAUUUAUGCCUACUUUGAAUCAGUUCCCGGCAUUCAAUUCCUUCCCCACCAAUGGUUCCAGCUUUCUUUUUGGCAGUAUAAGUCCGGUGAGGUACCGAAGCCUGCCUCCUAAUGGAGAUAUCUCUCCGGCGAACACCAAUCCUAAAGAGCAUCAAAAUAGAGUCCAAAAUGGUGCGAGGCCAGCUAGUGAUGGUGAACAAACUACUGUCUACCACACUUACCAUUCGGGCACACCAUCUGACAGACAGGUUUUCAAGCGGAAGAAAGUAAACAGCCCUAAUGCGCAAUCCAGAGCUUCUAAAAGUGAGCAGCAGUAAACUAUUUUGUCGGAAAAUGAACUUUUUUGAACAGAAACUAAACACUUUGCCAUGCCAUUCUAAAAAUUGAAUCAACGUCCGCUUUUGAAAAAUGUGUUUCAGGAUAAAAGCGGCUUCAAUUAAUACCUAAAAAUAGUUUUAGUUUAAUAUUAACUGAAGUCGCGUUACUUUGUUUUGCAUUAAGUUCAAUUUAUUUGCUGAAAAGAUAGUAACUUAUGACACUGGUUUAGGUCGAUUUAAUAUUUUGUGUAGCUUUGUAUUGAUAUGAAGCUGAAGCAAUUUCCACAUUCCUUUGGAAUGAAAUGUAAUGUGUGCCCCUUCAAUUGCAUAAACUGCAAACUUAAUAGUUCAAUUGUGAAGCUGAGCAUAUGGUAUCAGAACAGUAUCUAGUUUGCUAGAAAACAAUGCAAAUGCUUCUGAAGAAUUUUAAAUUAUAUAUACAUGCGCCUGUUCAUCGCUGCUCCAUGUUUUGACAUUUGACCAGAUAUGCUAGCGUUUUUAUCACUAUUUUGACAAUUAAAUUUAGUUCUAUACUUUUAAAUAGUCUGCAAUUAAGAACAGUGAAAAGAGUUAUGCAU